CAGCCUCAAUCAUCCAGACACAGACGCAUGCAUGCUCACGCAGGAUCACGCACAGCGGGCGGACGCGCGCAUUCACACACACAUACACACACAUUCUCACACGCGCACAUACACACGCAGACACACAUACGUACCGCACACACAUACACACACACACACAUACUCUCACACCCUUCCUUGAGGUGCUGUGAGCAGCUGCAGCAAUAGCGGUGAAAGAGAUUGGCCGUUGACUGGAGUUUGUGGCUCCCCUGUUUAAUGAAUGGCCACCACAACGAUCAACGCUGGAGCUCCCUCUUCUACUCCUCCUCCGCCACCUCCUCCUCCUCGUUCUCCUCGUUCUGCUCCUGCUUACUCCUAUGGAUUGCGGCGUACGGUGGAUAUCUAUUCUUAAAUUUAUUUAUUUAUUUUUCCGGGGCUCUCCAUUUUUUCCUGCCCACCCGCUCCCGCUGAGCUGUUUUGGCAAGGGGGACAACACCGUCUGGUGUGGGAUCGGAUAAAGAUGAAAGUGAAGGUAGCCACUUCGGUCCUCUGGGUUCUCCGGAGCUUUCGCUGCCCGUCGGGGUGAAUGGAGCAUUUCUCUCUCUCCUUGCGUUCUCUAUCUCUCUCUACCUCUCUUCCUCUUUUUUUUUUAAGCAGCCUCUUUUGUUUUGCGGGGCACGGCCGAGCACUCCUGUGGUGAAUUGAGCUACUGGUGAAAAAGACCAGGGCCUUUUAUCCUUAAUCCCUCCAUUCUGUUCCUCUUCUCCUCCCCGUCCGUUCCCCCCCCCCCCCCCCCUUCUCCUCCCUCCCUCCAUUCCUCCCUUACUCCAGCCCUCCCUCCCUCUCGUUACUUUUCAGUAAAAAAAAAACGGGGAUCUUUUACACCUCUACGAGAAUCCUCAGCCCUCCUCGCCGUCCUCCUUGCUAACCAAUGCUCCAUUUCCCUCAUCCCUACCCCUGCCCCCCCACCUCCUCCUCCUCCUCCUCCUCCUCCUCCUCCUCUCUCCUGCUCCCUCCUCCCACACCAGAGUGGCUACGUAAUGUGCCUCCCUACGCAUGCAAAUGGGGAUGCUACAAAUGGUGGCUGGGACUGAUGCCGAUGACAGGGUGAUGCCGCGCGCAUUCACCUCCACCCUCGCCACGACUACCGCCACCGCCGCCGCCACCACCACCGCCAGCGAUCCACACCAGCCCCAGGGGAGAUCUACCCCCAGCGUUCCAUGCCAAGCCGCCGCGAUCCGCUCCGCGUCCAAUGUCACGCGCCGGCGGAUGUAAAUGAGACACGCGCGUGUGUGUGCGAACGUGCGCGCUGGUUCCUGCCAUGUCCGGCGUGUGAGUGCUCCAGCGGGACGUUUCCUCGGCCGAUGCGGGGGAGGCACUGAGCCCGAGGUGAUGUGUCUCCAAUCAACAUGUCACCAGUCAGCCAGUCGCAGUUCAUCCCGCUGGGGGAGAUCUUGUGUCUGGCCGUCUCCUCCAUGAACUCAGCCCACAAGCCUGUCACCCGCGAGGCCUUGGAGGAACAUCUCACCUCCAGCUUCCCAGGUGUUCCCACCCCCAGCUCUGAGGUGGUGCGACACACGCUCAACAUGCUGGUGAGAGAGAGGAAGAUCUACCCCACGCCGGAGGGCUACUUCGUCGUCACUCCCCAGACCUACUACAUCACCCCCUCUCUCAUCAGGACCAACAACAAGUGGUACCACCUGGACGACCGGCUCACCGACCGCACGCCCCCGCAGUCCCUCCCCCCUCAGCCCCAGCUGCAGUGCACCCCUCCCCCGUCCGGCAACGCCACGCCUUCCGCCCUGCGGGAGCGGCCCGUCCGCAAGAACCACGGCGACGCCUACAACGCCCCCGGCGACGACGCGUCCAGGGGCCACCCGUCGGCCCCCGGCGCGGCGGCCCCCCCGGGCAAGACCCUGAAGGAGCACCGGGCCGACCUCUACGCCGCCAAGCCUCCCAAGGACCGCAGCGCCGGGGCCGGGGAGGCCGCGCCCAGCCCGCUCUCCAAGGAGCACGGCGGGGAGCCCCCCUCGUACCCCCACCCCCACCCUCCGCCGCCGCCGCCGCCCGCCCAGCCCACGGCGCCCACGGAGGCGGCGGAGAAGGGCAAGGGCGCGCCGUCGUCGUUCCCCUUCAAGACGGACACGCUGAGCAAGAAGAAGGAGGGCAGCGGCGGCAGCAGCGCCGGCGUGGAGAAGCAGUCCAAGCGCUUCGGCCUGCGGCUCUUCCGCCUGAGCUUCAAGAAGGACAAGAUGAGGCAGCUGGCCACCUUCUCGGCCCAGUUCCCGCCGGAGGAGUGGCCCCUGCGCGACGAGGACGUGCCGGCCGCGCCCAUCCCCCGGGACGUGGAGAUGGAGAUCAUCCGCCGCAUCAACCCGGACCUGACGGUGGAGAACGUGGCGCGCCACACGGCCGUGAUGAAGCGGCUGGAGGAGGAGCGGGCGCACAAGAACAAGAGCGCGCUGCACCACAACGCGCGCAGCCGCAGGGGGCGGGGCCACCGGAGGCUGCCGCACGGGAAGUCGCGCUCGCACAGCAAACCGCGGACGUGCCGGGGGGACCCGUCGGACGCCUCCAACUGGGACCUGGUGUUCAUGGAGCGGGACUACCGCUUCUUCAGCCACUCCCUGGUGCGCUCGCCGCGGGAGGCCAUGUACACGCUGGAGCGCACGCGCGGCGGCGGCGCCACGUACCUGGUGCACAGCAACCCCAACAUCACCGAGUCGUACUGCCCCGUCGCGCCCGAGUGGGACGUGUCCGGGGAGCUGGCCAAGAGGAGGACGGAGAUGCCUUUCCCUGAGCCCUCACGGGGCACCACCAAGGAGUCCAAGGUGCAGCGGAGCCACAGUCACAAUCAGGACAGGAAGUCGCGCCACGAGCGCUCGGACCAGGCCAAGGAGCGCUCCCGCUCCAUGGACAACUCGCUGAAGGGCCCGUCGCUGGGCGCGCCCGAGAACUACGAGCACGGCCCGGAGGAGCGCAGUCACUACUUCACCGAUGACGGAACGCUGCGGGCUACCCAGAAGUCCUCCCACUUCUCAAGGAUCAUGUUCUCUGCUGCUAAGUUCCACUCUGAUUUCAAUGUGCCUGAUUUGGGGAAAGGGAGCUUGGACGAGUCGAGGAGCCACCGGAACACGGCGGAGAGGAACAAAAGCAGAGACAGCCUGCCCACCUACAACGAGCUCAUGGGCCUUUCUCCCAAGCCCUCGACGGAGGACUACUUCCAGUGCAAUACGUCCAACGAAACAAUCCUUACUGCCCCGUCGCCUCAGGCAAAAUCAGAAUAUGACACGCUAACCUCAUCAGGGGGACUCCACAAGGGCUCUCCGGCCGACCGCCAGACGCCUCACCUCACCUCUCCACACGCCAUGGAGUACAAAGAGGAGCUGGCGGCGGCGGCCAAGGGCCCGGGCGGCGGCCCCGUGCGUCUGACCCCCAGCCAGACGCCGGAGCUGCUGCAGAGCGCCCGCCUCACGCCGCACCAACACAACGUGGACCCCGGCGGGGGGGGGGGCGGGGGAGGCGGCGGCGGCGGGGGGGGCGCGGCCGGCGGCGCCGCUUCCCUCAAGAGGAAGGAGAUCUUCAGCAAGGACACCCUGUUCAAGCCCCCGCACAACAGCGCCUUGCCGGCGGGCUACGCCGACGGCGGCGGCUACUCCAAGUCCGGCACCUUGCGGAAGGCCUCGCACGCCAAAUCAACAGAGGCCCUCGACAAUCCUGAGCCCCAGCAGCCUUCAAAUUCAGCCACUUCCUCCGCCUCGCCGGCGGCCCUGCAGGUCUGCGUGGAGCCCAGCGGCGGCUGCGGCGGCGGCGGUGGCGGCGGCGGCGCCUCCGCCUCCUUCGACUACUACAACGUCUCGGACGACGAGGACGAGGACGACGAAGAGGCGGACGAAGACUCGCACAAGGAGUCGCUGACGGCCGAGGACGGCCCGGACCACGGGGAUUGCGGUGGCGUGGGCGGGGGCGGCGGCGGCGGGGGGGGUUGCGGGGGUGGUGUCGGGGGGGUCGGGGAGGGCACCAUGCAGUGGCUGCUGGAGCGGGAGAAGGAGCACGAGCUGCAGCGUAAGCUGGAGACCAACCUGACCCUGCUGAGCCCCAAGGAGACGGAGGGCGGCGGCGGGCAGAAGUCGGCGCACUCGGCCCGCCUGGACAGCAUGGACAGCAGCAGUGUGACGGUGGACAGCGGCUUCAAUUCGCCCAGGACGCGGGAGAGCCUAGCCUCCAACACCUCCAGCAUCGUGGAGAGCAAUAGGAGACAGAACCCCGCGCUGAGCCCCGGCCACAUGGGCACCCCGGGCCACAUCGGCCUGCCCUUCAGCUUCCGGGCCAUCCCAGAACCGCCCAGCGCCCAGCCCGAGAAGCUCCAGAAACCCUCCAACUGUCUGGCCUCCAUCACCAGUGUGUGACCAACGCAGCUCGGGAGGGCGAGGGACAAUGGGUAGAGGUGGUGGAGGAGGAGAGAGAGAGAGAGGCAAGGGGAGUUGAAAGAACUUUCCCUUGUUUAUUGACACACUCACACACACACACACACAUACAGAUACACACACAGAGAUGCACACACAAACAUACACACGCAUCUCUCUGGACUCCCGUGAAUCAAUUUACUAUGACUGUUACGAAGACAGGCAUGGCAUCGAGUGACUGUUCCCACAGCUUCAUGAACUUAACUGCAAAAUAAUAAAGAGAAGAAGAAGAAAUAUAACAGAACAUCAUGACAUUUUGUACCCGCAUUGCAAGACAACUGUAGGUGAGGAACACCCUACACUAAGUACUAUGAAUUUGGUGACAUGGAUUUUAAGUUCGGCUUAUAUUGAAGUUCCUAAUUAUUGGUAUUGGAAAGUAGUAGAUUAUAGGAUUCAAGUUACAUUUGGAAACAUCAAAACUUUUUAUAUUACUUAACAAUACAUGUCGAAUUAAAUGUUUUCCUUCAUGAAACAGAAUCACAUUUUCAGGAUGGUUUUAAUGUAUCAGCACAAUGUGAAAACAAUAAAGAAUACUCCUGAAAAGAAAGAAUGGAAGAGAUUAAAAACAUAAAUCACAACAGAUUUGUGUACCGCAAUGCAAAUGAUGUAUGUAUACUCAAUACUUUUUGAUAUUCUAAUUAUUAUAAUGGUGGUAUUAAAGAUGCUAUGUGACCAAAA